UGGAUGCGAGUCAUGGUGAACAGUGUCAAUGCACUGCUCUAUGGUUAGGAGGCACGUAAAAAUAGAUAUAGCUUCACGUUAUGUUUAGAUAACUUUCUCCAACAAAACCACUGCAUGUUGUAUUUUCUCAUUAUAACAAUGUUACCAGUGGAUGUCAAGUGUGGCAGAAUGUCUGUUCUGAAGACAGUAAUUCUGUUCUAUGGGAUAUUCCUCAAGAUCAGCACAUGUGAGAACUCGGGCACAGAUGAGACUAAAGUCUGCAGACUAAAAAAUGUACUGUUUGUCAGUGUCCAUGAUUUAAAAGAUUUUCCAAAAGAUGUAUUCCACUACAAUGAAACUAAACUCUGUUUUAAUGUUCAGAGUAAAACACAACAUGCAGACUGUUGUAAGACACACGAUUUCAACUGCAGCGUUGAAAUAAAGAAUGGAAGCACUGUCAUAAUCCCGGAUAAAGAGAUUUUAUCCAAGCAAGAUAUUGUCGUGAUGAGAACAAAUGAGAAAUUUGAAAAUAUACCAUCAAACUGGAGCAACCAAACAGGUUUCAUUUUAUACCUUCACCGCCACUUUACAAAAGGGGUAAAAAAUAUUAGACUAAGCCAAGACGGCCUUUGUGGAAAUGGUUCAUCCUACGGUGGACAAGCUUGCGAAGGUUUGGCAGAAACAAACUACAAGCUCACUUUUCAUGCUAAUGACCAUGAUAACAAGAAAAUUGUGGUAUGUGUGUCAUGUAAGCCACCAGGAACAAAGCCAAACAUUUCUUUGCCUCUCCCAUCCGUGCCGACCAAUGAUGAUGGUAGUGUCAGCCCAGAGAACGCAGCAAAUAUAAUGAAUAAUCUCUCCUCCGUGGUGGAUAUGAUGGGAGCCGCCAGCACAGCUGCUGUCAGUCUGGGUGUUAUUAAAGGGAUUCUUGUUAAACUCGCCUACAAAAAUGACAUGGGCAUCGACUUGGGUAUUCCGACAAGUGAUGAUAUAACUAUUCUUGAGAACGACACUGAUUUAUUCUCGCAAUUCCCUCGAUCAGUGCACAUCCCAAAAGAAGCAUUCUCCCAGGCAUUAGAGAGAAAUGGUUCAUUUGCUGGAGUUCUGCUUUUUCCAAAAAUGUAUCAGGAUGACCCCAACAGUGUCUUCAUCAACAAUGAAGUAGUGGGAAUUGAAAUGGGAGCUGACAUAUCCAAUCUCUCACGUAAUAUAGAGAUUCAUUACAGGAACGUGGACAAGAAUGGAAAGAUUGCUUCUUGUAGGUCGUGGAAUGGCAAAGAAAAAACACAGACCUGGAUCACAGAUGGCUGUGAAACAAGGGAGACCAAUGGCAGCAUCACAUGUCAUUGCUCUCAUCUAACAUUUUUUGCCAUACUGAUGUCGCCUCCACCUGGAAACAUAAGCACUUCAGAUUUCAAGUCUCUGACCUACAUCACAUCGAUCGGCUGUGGCCUGUCAAUGUUUUUCUUGGCGGUGGCUCUCUUCAUGCAUUGUCUUAUCAGAAAACGGAAAGCGAGCCAAGCAACUAAGAUCCUGAUGAACCUCUUUGUCGCCAUGUUCAACCUGAACUUUUCCUUCCUGGUGAAUGAGAGCAUUGCCAACCUAGGGAACUAUGGCGCAUGUAUAGUGAUGGCAGCAAGUAUGCACUAUGCCAUGCUGGCUACUUUUAGCUGGUUUUUCAUUGAGGCUCUGCACUUGUACCUGAAUCUAUGGACGCGCCCUAUUCAAAUCAAGCAUUACAUGAUGAAGAUUUGCAUCACCGGAUGGGUCAUACCAGCUGUAGUGGUGAUCGCUCUGCUUGCCACGGGGAAAUAUGAUUACUUGAUCAUUUACACCGAUGAUGGGAAUUCAGCAAAAAUGUGCUGGAUUUCUGAUGCCGUUGUUCACCAAGGGGUAAAUAUAGGUUAUUAUGCUGUAGUGUUCAUCUUCACCUUCAUCAUAUUCAUCUUAACUGUGCGGCAGAUUAAUCUGUUUAACCACGCAGUAGACAAUGCUCAGAACAACAGCUCCAUCAGGACAAACACAUUCUCCAUUCUGGGCCUGUUCCUCCUGUUCGGCAUCACCUGGGCCUUUGCUUUCUUCAGCCAUGGACCUAUGCUAAUUGCCUCCUACUACAUCUUCACCAUCCUCAACUCCUUUCAGGGUUUCUUCCUCUUCAUCUACUAUUACAAUUCCAGCAAGAAUGUUGGAGAGGACAAUAAAGUCACAGCCAGCAGUACCAGCUCAGCUGCACCACACACACUUACAUCAUUUACUCCUCAAUAGGCUGUUUUACAUUGUACAUGCUUUUUAAAAAACAGGGACAGAAAUCAUUCUGUGCCUGAGACUGAUUUGACACAAGAGGGCAGCAUUUAAUUUCAUAUAGUUGUAUGUAAGUAGAGUCCCUUUUAAAUGAAGCGCUGGUAAGUUGUUUCUCACUGUUUCUGAUUCUCCUCUUCAUGAAAAGCUGCGUGUGUUUGACUGAAUGACUAGCCUGAGCUCAAAUUGGAUUACAUUCAUUGAGAAAAAAUACUGAAAUUAGUCUAGUAGUACUGACAGAGGAGAUGGAAUGGUCUCCUGGAAGUCAUUUGUGCUGAUGACUCAAGCCCAGUCUCCCCCACUGUGAAACUUGCAGAGAAGGUUGUGAUUCACUCACGAUAUAUCACAGUCCUCUUAAAUCAAAGCUUUAGUCAUCAUAUGCUGGAAUGCAGAGCGUAAUUGUUUAGGAAGAAAAACAUAAGCCCGUUAUGACUGAUGUGGUUGUCAUAAGGAAAGAAGAUGGCGAAACGGAGAGGAAUAUAAGGUGAAGGGAAGUCUUGUCCCUCACAUACUGUGCGGUGCUGGGGGCCGAGCUAGCCAGCUCGCACUUUGCGUGCCUGCAGAUAAUUACCUUGUGCCUACAGAGAGCAGUAUCCACCAUGCGGGGAGCCUUAACUAGCUGACAAGAAAUGAGCUCAUGACUACAGAUAGUGAUAAGAAGCCUGGGGUUAUGCCACUAUGUUGAAACUAUUCUCUGAAAUAUGACUGUAUAAAACAAACAUUUAUUGCAUUUAAUAAGUUUGGUGUAUCUUGGGCAAACGGUAUAAUAGUGUGUUUAUGGUGUGUUUUUUGUGUUU